AUGAUGUUUCUAACCUGGGGAGACCUGUGCAACUGCAGCGCCCUGGGGAGCGCCGGCGCGGCCGAAUGCAACGGGACGACGGGGCAGUGCCCCUGCCUGGAGGGCUACGCGGGGCUGCGCUCUGGGCAAUGCCAGUGUAAAGUUGGUGUCACGGACCUGAAGUGUGACCGGUGCAGUGAUGGCUACUACAGGUUUAACGAAAGCACCUGCGAGCCGUGCCAGUGCAACAACCACUCCAAAACCUGCGACAGCCUAACAGGCACCUGCCUGCACUGCCAGGAAAACACCGAGGGGAAGCACUGCGAGCUCUGCAAGGAAGGCUUCUACAGAAGCACCCAUCCUGCCCACGCCUGCCAUCGCUGCCCCUGCUCCACUGUGGCAUCAACUGGCACCUGCCGAAUACAGCCUGGCGAAACUGCCCCAAGGUGUGACAAAUGCAAAACUGGGUACACUGGCCCGAACUGCAACCAGUGCGAUGACGGCUACUACAACUCUGACAGCAUCUGCGUAAGAUGCGAAUGCAACGGGAACGUGGACCCAGCACGGUCACCCAGCGUGUGCAAGCCAGACAGCGGGGAGUGCAUCGGCUGCCUGUACCACACCGCUGGGUUUCAUUGCGAGGAGUGCGAGGACGGCUACGUGCGCGACCCCGACGGGUCCAACUGCACCAAGAAAGAAGCCACUCUGGGCCCAGAAACAAGGGAGUUUACAACUUCUGCUCCAAAUGCCAGCAAGGCAACUUCAUUUUCAACGGCAGUGAUAAACAGCACAUUGUCACCAACAACUAUACAGACUAUAUUUCCUUUAAGUUCCUCUGACAAUAGUACCUCUGCUUUUGCAGAUGUUUCGUGGACUCAGUUUAACAUCAUUAUUUUGACAGUUAUCAUCAUUGUUGUGGUCCUACUAAUGGGCUUUGUGGGUGCUGUCUACAUGUACCGUGAGUAUCAAAACAGAAAACUUAACGCUCCUUUUUGGACCAUUGAACUUAAAGAGGACAACAUCAGUUUUAGCAGCUACCAUGACAGCAUACCCAACGCUGACGUUUCGGGGCUGUUGGAAGACGAUGGGAAUGAAGUCGCACCGAAUGGACAGCUAACGCUGACGACUCCCAUGCAUAAUUAUAAAGCUUAGAAGAAGCGAUCCAGCUAUUCCAAAGUUGGCUUAAAAAAGUUACAGGGCUUGUUGAAGGGGUAUCGGGAUCCGUGCCGAGGCUCCACGCAGAGGAAUUUGCUCUUCAGAUACUCUUACACUGGGCAUGCUGUAGCUUGCAGGUGAACAGAAAAAAGUGUAGUACAUCCGAAUUUCAGGUAAUAUGGUGAAAUGCAUUCUGUGUCCUGUUCUCUGUAAAGAUCCAUAGCAUUCGCUGUUGUUAAGGACUUGAUGAUGCUUAUCUGAAAAUAACUUUUUUUUUUUGUAUGAAGAGGUGGUGGGGUGGAGAAAGCAGUACCCCAUGGUUAAUCAGAAGCUACUUGAUUUCCAGCCAGCCUAGCACUUACAUCUGCAUCCUUUAGUGUGAAAAGUGGCUCAUGAAUUAACAGUACAUUUUCAGGAAACAGACCUUUGUAAAAGGCUUCCUAUUAGUUCCUGAUACACAUUUGUUUGAAAAGGAGGACAAAAAAAGGGAAAUAAUUGUUCCCUGUACUACCAAAAGGCAAGUAGAGGAGUUGCACACUUGAAAAAUCACCGUUAUCAGUUUCCACUAAGCACGGAAACAGGAAAAAAAAAAAAAUCAUGAAAAUAUUGGAGUUAGGGAAGAGACUAAGCUUUUCCCUUUCUGAGUAUUUAUACAGGGUGAUGAUGCUAUUAACACAUAGCAAUCCAUUUUUUUUCUAGAAGGAGUUAAUGAACUUGUAUAGUUUCUGUGCAAGGGAAGACGACGACAUCUCAGGGUUGCCGUGUAAAAAUAAAAGCUAGGCUUAAUACCCUACCCUGAUAGAAAUGGUGUGUUCUGUAUAUAAAAUGUAAUAUAUCUUCUUGGAAUUGUAUUUGUAAUUAUUUGUAAAAAAGGACAACCAAACAACCAACCAAAAAAACCCCAACAACAAAACCAUGAACCCCUCCCCAACCUCCCCUAUUCCCCAAGUGGUAUUUUAUCAUCUAGAUUUUAAUUGUACAGCGGUUAGUGGCGUUGUUUAAAAAGAAAAAAAAACCCUAGGAUUGUUUAAAAUACUGUAAAUUAGAUGGCAAUAUUGUUGGAGCUGGGACUCUGGCAAACACUGACUGCUUAAAGCUUUUCUUCUAGUGUCAAUAACUUUCUUUUUUAGAGAAAAUGUGAGUGCUCCCUACUUGCGUCUGUCAAAUUUUCCCAUUCCUUUAAAUAUAGAGUGAAAACCAGUGUCGCCAUGGCUAGGGCCUAGUAGGUGUCCAAAAAUCGGAUGUACCAUUCUGUUACUUGCUUUUAAAUCUUUACACAAAACGCAAAUACACUGUCAUGAACGCAUUGAGAGCCUGAUCUCCAUGGCCGAGCUUUUCCGAAGCGGCUGCUCAUCAUACGAGUGGAUCUCGUUGCCAUUUCUCCUGUCCUGACAUGGUGACAGGGGAGACUCGCUGGAGGGCUGAGCACAGCCUCCUGGCCUCCUGAAGGGCAAAAGCAAAAAUCUCCUGGAUUUGGGUGGAAACAGCUUUCAGCCAAAGAGCUUCCAGGACCCAAUUUGCGCUUCUCGGCUUAAAAGCUAAAAGUGCAUGGAUGCUUUCAGGAAAUUUAUGUAGCACAAGGUGAUGAGGGGGAAUCAGCUGUCAAAAAAAACCUACAGGGGACUUCAGGUUUUACAGAUUCCCCUGAUUUUUGUGGGAGGCUGGCGGACUGUUAGCAGGGGGAGGACAACUAAUGGGCAGCACAGCACGGGGAGGUCGCAGCACGGGGCUCCUUGCUUGGUACCCGCAGCGUGUGUGCACGUCUCGAGGCAGGCGCCGUGCCCUCCCCGUGCUGGGGAGCCACCAGGUCCGACCCGUGAAAAUCAAUACCAUUACAUUUAAGCAGGGCGUGAAACAAGUAUUUCACCUCACUCCUGACCAACCUCAGAACUAAAGCUGCAUUGCUGUGCGUGUUGGUGCUUUGCAAGCGAUUGAUGCUGAGGAUAAAUGAAGUACCUGCGAAAGGUCAGCAGGAGCUGACUGAUGCAUCCUCAGAGCCAGGCAAAAGUAAAUAUUUCUCAAGAUGAGAAAUGGUAGGAAGAAUGUGGUGAUUAUUUAUUUGCUUUCUGGUGCUGCAUGGAGGCUUUUCUUAUCAUUGGAGACUUUUGGGGGGAGGGGGGGAAUAGGUGCUCUAAACACAUGCACAAAGAUGCCAUUUCUGCCUCAAAAACUUGCUGCCUGAUUUAAAGAUGAGGCACGGCAAGGAAGAAGGAAGAUAGUCGAGGAUGACCGAGGGAAACGGUGAGGGCAGAAUGUGAUAUUGCAUAUAGGCCUGAGCCGACGGAAAACCUCCCGUAGCCUGCUGUGGGCCCAGGUGAGGUCCCAUAGUUUAAGUAAUAAAUUUGGCUGAUGCCAUUUUGGAGCAAUGUUACUUGUUAUAAAACGGGGGAGGACUUGUGGAGAAAGUCUGGAUGUUGCUAAUCCUCGAGUUACUCAUCGAAAUUUUAAAGAGCAGAGUGGUGACAACAUAGGGAAAAAAAAUCCUAAAAAUUGUAAUUAUUUAGCAGUGCUGAUUCAGCGAUACACUUGCACUUGGUCACUUCAUGGGGGGGAAGGUGUAAUUUAGGAAGUGUUAGCUUCUGGGACUAAUGCUAGCAGGCAAAGUGAAGGACAGAUUGUUCACUUCAGUGUUUCCAAAAUACUUUAGUAGAUCUUUUCAUCUUUGCCACAAAACACCUUUUCCUCAAAUUUUGGUAUGACUGUAGGCUACUUUGUAACAGGAAUAGGCUUUGAUUUUUCUCUCACUGUAGAAAUAACCACCAUCUGCAAAACCAGAGUGUGAGUUCGGAUGCUGAGACCUCCCAGUCCAUGCCUACCACAGCUGAGGAGGUGUUUGCAACCGGGGUGCUUCUGACCUCCAGAUUACUCUCAAUGCUUUGUGUUUGAGCCUCGGGCUUGAAAAGAGGAGGAGGUCAGGAUGCCUUACAGUCAGUCUGCAAGGGAGGGUGCUACGGCCAUACUGUUGUCUGUGGGUUGCGCAUCUGGAUGAAGGGAUCUAGAUGGCACCCCUAGAUGUGAUGAGAAGCUUGGCUGGGCAGGGGGGACCUGGCUGUCCCGGUUUGGAUGGCAGAGGAAAGCACAGGAUGUUCUUUAGCAGGGACUGGAGCACAGCAAGGACGUGGCACUGGGACAAAGCUUGUCAGAUGGCA